AUGUAUGUGCGCGCCGGCCUGCCCUUCUCCGUCAUGGACGGACCUCUUCUGGCCGAUGGAGACGACUCAACGGAAGUCUGUGGGGUCAGGAUCCUCGGCCAGACCCCGAUCGACAUCAUCAACAUCUACCGACCGCCUAUAAGGUCGACGAACGACGAACGUGAAGACCGGUUCGAGCCGUGCCGCCUCCCGGCCACCCGCCAGACACUGCUGGUUGGCGACGUGAACGCCCACCACCCAGACUGGGACAACAACUGCGAGGAAGAGGACGCAGUCGGCGCCCGCCUGGCCAGCUGGAUGGAGGACGUCGAGUGGACAACACUCAACAGUGGUGACCCGACCCUCAUCAGCUACCGUACGGGCGGGCAGACGGCGCCCGACCUCGCAGCCUGCAGUCAGGAGCUGGCGACCAGAGCAAGCUGGAGCCGGGGCCCGGACCUCGGGAGCGACCACCUACCCAUGGUGGUCGAGCUCCGAGGAGUGUCGGAACCCCCACAACGCAGGCGCAAGACCCGGUGGGCCCACCACAAGGCCGACUGGCUGCAGUUCCGCGGGAGCUGUGAGGCGGCCCUCGCUGAGCCGCCCCUCCCGGAGGCCACGGUCCAACAGCUGUCCUCUCGCUUCACAGCCGCACUCCAGGAAGCCGGGAAGAGACACAUCCCCCGAGGUGCUCGCCGAGACGCAAAGCCAUGGGCCCUGCAUCCGGAUGUGUUGAGAGCGGCGGAGGAGCGACAGGCGGCGAGACGGGCUGUGACAGCCGAAGAUCCCUCAUCCAAGACGCGCUGGAUCAAUGCCAAGAAGCGUGCAGCAGAGGUGGAGGCACGAGUCUCUCGAGAGUCCUUCCGAGAAUUCGUCACCACUGAACUGAACCGCCCGUCCAGCGUCGGUCGAGUCUCCCGAAUGCUCAAGAAGUGGGAGGGAGGAGGAGAUGACGAACACCGGGACGGCGAAGCGAUGAAGGCCGGCGACCGACUUCUCGUCUCCGCCGAGGCAAAGGCGAACGCCUUUGCACAUCAAUAUGCCACUGUCUCGAGGCAAGUGAGGAGUCCCAAGAUAGACCGAGCGGCGCGGGAGCGGCUGAACCGGAUAGACCGACACACAUGCUCCGAGUGCCAGAACGACCGCACCGGGUGCUGCUCGGCCUUCACUGAAGAGGAACUCGCUCAAGCCAUCCAGAAGACACAACUGCGCAAGUCCCCCGGCCCCGAUGGCAUCACACCUGAAAUGCUGCGGCACCUUGGUCCGGUGGCCCGGAGCGCACUGCUCCACCUCAUCAACCAGUCAUGGAAGACAGGAGCGGUCCCCCAAGAGUGGCGCUCGGCAACCGUGAACGCCCGAGACGCCGUCCGAGGCACCAUCAAGGUGGCAGGAAAGACGGUGCAGGCGAAAGACACCCUAGUCCUCCUCGGCAUAGAGCUCGACCGCCGCCUCCAGUUCGGUGCCCACUGUCGUCGUCUCCGGAAACGAGUUCGCCCCCGGCUGGCUCACCUGCGCCGCCUCGGCGGACGCAGCUGGGGCCUGGACGAGGAUGCCCUGAGGACGGUGGCCAACGGCUACGUCCGCGGGGCGCUCGAGCACGCCGCCGCCGCGUGGCUGCCGGCGGCCGCCCCCUCGCACGUGGAGCUCCUGGAGCGGGAACUGCGGGGGGCGGCCCGCAUCAUCACCGGGUGUCCACGAUCAACACCGACCCACGCGCUGAUGGCGGAGGCUCGACUAGCCCCGAUGGAGGAGAGGGGAUGGACGUUGGCCGCCAGGCUGCUGGGAAGGGCGCUGGCCCUGCCGCCGGGGGACCCCCUGCGCGCGACCGCCGAGGCCUCGGCACCGGCGCGCCUGGCCUCAGUUCGGGGGUGGAGAGAGCGGGGCCGCCUGGCCUGGGAGAAGGCCGGAGUCGCGCUGCCGGUGGAGCCGGUGCUCCCCCCUCGGAUACCGCCGUGGCGGCAGACAUCAGGCGUCACCUUCCGGAUGGACGUGGGCCCCCUCCGGGCCAGCGCCGCGGCGGCGGAAAGAGAGCGCGCGGCCGCCCUGCACCUCGCGUCCCUGCCGCAGUGCGCCGUCUGGCUGUGGACGGACGGGUCCGCGGCGGGCGGAGUCUCGAGGGGCGGAGCUGGGGCCGUGCUGGUCUGGCCGGAUGAAGAGACCGAGGAGCUGCGGGUCCCGGCCGGACAGCUAUGUUCCAGUUACCGCGCAGAGAUGGUUGCGCUGGUGACCGGCCUGGAGACCCUAACCCAAAGAGACAGAGACCAGGACCUGCCUAUCGUGGUCUGCACGGAUAGCCUCUCAGCAGUGGCGACCCUGCGCAACGGCCCGGCCGCCCAGACCUCCCCGCUGGGGGUAGCGGCUUGGAGAGCCAUGUUCGCCCUCUCGGAUAAUGGCCGGAAGAUCCACGUCCAGUGGGUCCCUUCGCACUGUGGUGUGGAGGGUAAUGAGCGAGCCGACAGAGUGGCUCGAGAGGCCGCGGAACUACCACAAGACAGCGUGCCUGCAGACAUCAGGACAAUCACCCGAGCGGUGGCUAGGGCCGCCCGCGACGACACGGUCCGGGCCUGGCCCCCCGGCUGGUUCCGGUCGCUGAUGGGGGGCCGAUUCCCCCCACCGGUGGCGGGGCUGGACCGGGAGCGCGCGGUGGACGUCCACCAGCUGCGAGCCGGGCACUGGUCGGGCUCCAGGGCCUACCUGCACAGGAUCGGGGCCGUUCCCUCUGUGGGAUGUGAGGGCUGCCGCGACGAGGGCUGUGUGGCGGCCCGCUGCCCCCUGUGCAAUGAGGAGCCUGACACGCCGGCACACGUGCUGCUGAGAUGUCCGGCCCUGAUGCGACUGAGACAUUCAACCCUGGGUCACAUCCAUCCCAGGCUGGAGGAGGUCCGGGAGACCUCAGUGGUGGCGGCCCUGGCGGCCGCCGCCAGACGCUUCCAGAGCCGCCUGGCUAUGCUCCCGUGA